AUGGGUGGCUUGCUGAUUUACACGUGUGUUGACCUAUUUAAUAAGUACGUCCAGCAUACAACGAUUUCCAAUAUUAAAAUGGAACUUGUUAAUGAGCUACCGUUUCCUGCCAUCACCUUCUGCAAUCUAUCACCUUACAAGAGAUCUGCAAUGAAACCUGACCCAGUCAUGGAUCACUACCUUCUGACCUUGAGCAGAAUGGCAGAUUACACAGCCCCAAUCAACUAUGAUGAUCCAGCAUAUAGCAACUUGUCACUUCCGCUUCCGGAUGGGUGGAUUUACAAUGUUUCAAGCACGAUACCGGAUAUGUUUGGGGCAUGUGUUGACAUGAAAGACGCGAUGAAAGACUGUCGUGAGGUUCUAACUCCGAAGAUGACCGAUGUUGGCUUGUGUUAUGCAUUUAAUAGUAAGGAAUAUAUCAAGCAAAAUGGAGCCCUGCUCACAACCAUAACGGGAAGUUCUAAGUCGCUUGCAUUUUACGUCAAGGUUGACCAAGAUGAUUAUGUAUCCAGCGACAACAUGGGCGCAGGCAUGAAGAUUGUUGUCCAUGACCCAGAUGAGGAACCCGAUACAGACAAAGGUUUCUUUGCGUCUCCGGGCUUCACGUCUUACGCCUCCCUUCAUCUUACUAAGUACAAGUACAUUCCGUAUCCGUAUCAGUCCAGUGGAGGAGGCUACUGUCUCGACACCAAAGACGGGAGUUUCACGAACCCAUUAGAGUAUCACGAGUUGUAUAGUCGUAAAGCGUGUCUGAAGGAAUGUAAAUACCGCUUCCUGGUCAGUAUGUGUGGCUGUCAAGCGCCGACGGACAACGCCCACUAUACACGGAACAUGACCUUACAGAAAGCGUGUCAUUGCCCGAUGCCCUGUGAAUUUAACAAGUACAUUGCCUCUGUUACCACCGCUUACUUUCCGUCUAAACCAAACGACUUCUUCUUCACUCAGAUGGGAUUCACAGAUAUGAGAACCAAUUUCAUGGAAAUAAGGCUUUUCUUCGACACCCUGAGUUACAUGAAAGUCGAGUACCAGGCGGAGUAUGACUUGGAGAAGAUAGUAGCGACUUUAGGAGGACAGAUGGGGAUAUUCCUGGGUGCCAGUCUUUUGACGCUAUCGGAACUGGUGGAGUUCUUGUUGAUGGCCGCUCUCGUGUGUUGCAAGAGAAUCACCAACAAAAAGCGAUAA